AUGGCAAGAUUUGGAGCUCAAAUAUAUAGAAGCGCAAAGGAGCAAGCAGCUUUUGACAAAACGAUAGCCGGAAAGUAUUCCAAACUAGUCAAGAAAAACCAUUUCUUAUAUUUGGGCUUACCGUUUCUCUUAUCCAUUGUAGCUGGGUCUAUUUAUUUGCAAAAAUUCACCAGUAUCAAGUGGGAAAGGUAUGACGAAAAACAUCAACAAUUGGGAGAGGAAGAGAUGAUGGAUAUGAUUGAAAAUAAACGUAAAUUUGAUAAGAAACAGGACUUUUACAGAUUGCAAGGAUUGUUGACUGACCAUUUAGAGAAGGAAGUACAACAGGAUUACGAAAUCGUGCGGGUACAGCGUAAAAAGGAAGACGAACCCGUGUGCUUUGUACAGGGGAAAGAACCAGAAAAAACAAGUGAAACAGAAGGUACCAGAGAAGAAGCCAGUGGAAGAGAAGGUACCAGAGAAGAAGCCAGUGAAAGAGAAGGUACCAGAGAAGAAGCUGGCGAAACAGGGUGUACCAGCCAAUAA